AGUUAACCAACAAAGUUGUUUGCGCAAUAUGUGUCAAUUAUUUCUUCAAAAAAUCUGAGUUAAAACAAUUAAAUUUCAAACAAUAACAGAAGUUCUGUUACAGAAGUAACGAACUAAAGUGAAAUAGUUGCAAAAAUUGUACUGUUGGUCAAACUAGUGAUUACUGUUCGACUUCUUAGCGAGAUAGCUCUGAGAUAACUUUUACUGCAUGUUAUAAUAUGACAGUUGUUUUAAAUACUUUUAAAUUAAUUGAUAUAUAUUUACAUGUAUAAAAUUAAGCUGUAUUAUUUUCCUGACUUGAGAGUUGGAUGCACCUCAAAUGUGCUGCCGUUCCACGUCGGUGAAGGACAUUGAAACUAUGGUGGCUUCUUCUUUUGACUUUGAGUAGCUGCUGGUAGUAUUUUGUUUUCCAGAUUUUUCGAUAUUUCCAAAUUUUAUGUUUUUAAGAAAUAUUGACAGGUCCUAAAUUAAGGUCACCUUUUCCAACACAGUGGUGUUGUGUUCACUGGAUAGUAUAUUAUUUUUUUCAAGACAUCUGGAGAAGUAACAUAACAUGGCCACCAAAAAGACACUGCCUUCCGAAAGCUCUGAAAGUACGAACGAAGAUAAUAAGACAUUUACUUGUACGAAAUGUAAGAUGGAUAUCCGUGGAGAUCAACGGGAGGCACAUCGCCGGGAACAUUAUCCAGCAGGACCAAAACGUCCGGCUCAGGCGCCCCGCCCAGGGCCAAGAAGCAGGACUCGACGGCCUGCAUCAGUAACGACUGAAGAAGGAUCGCUCUUUGAGGCGGAGGAGGAGGAGGAGGAGGAGGAGGAGGAAGAAGAAGAAAAUCGUCGAUCCACCCUUCGUUCACAGACUGCUGCUGUCGUCGAACCAGAUGCUAACGACACUUCGGUGAUGGCUCGAGAACAACGGGCUAAACUAAUCCAUUGGAAGAACACCCCGGCAUACAAAAAUAAGAAGUUCAAGGGGGCUUAAUAAUGAUGCCUCUAAACUAUGAAUUAUAUAGAGGUUUUAAUGUGUAAGAGCAUGUUGAUUGAAUUAAUAUUUUCUUAUUUUUCCUAACGUUACGGUUCAAAAUGAAACCGCUAGAUAAUAUUUAAAGUAUUUAGAAUAACCCAUUAUCCCUGGCGUUUCUUUUAUUUGAUGGAAUAAACAUGAGCUGGUUAUAAAAUA